AUGGUACCCAUUGCGCAACGGAAACACCUGGGCCGCGACAAAUUCAGCGCCCAAUUCAGCCUCCUCAAGACGCAGCAGUACAUCGACCCUGCUGCUCGUACUGUCACCCCGACAAUCCACCGAACAAUAUCCUGGAACGCUUCUGGGGGUCUCAUUGCGACUGGUGCCAAUGAUAAGACGGUUCGAGUAUGGAACCCAGAAAGGACCAGUCCGCGAAGUCAAACCGAGCUUCGUGGGCAUGGUCAUGCAGUAGAGAAGGUUCUGUUUAAUCCGGUACGGGAGUUCGAAUUGGCGAGCUGUUCCUCCGACGGAACCGUACGAUUCUGGGAUACAAGGAGCAAAACAUGUGUCACGAAACUCGACGUUGGUGGUGAGCCGUUCACACUCAGUUGGAGCGCUGACGGCAGCACAUUGGUCGCUGGGACAAAAGGCGAUGUCCUCAUUCCCAUUUCAACAGCCAUUCCCUCGUCCCCCGUCGUCCUGUCGAGGCAUAAACAAUCCCAGCAGACAAACCAGACUACGUUCUCGAAUGCCUACCCACCAACAGACCUUCUAAUCACUCGCGGCGAUGGCUCGGUCCAGAUACUUGAUUUCCCAUCCUUCCAACCCUUGCACACCAUAUCCGCGCAUACCUCGUCGUGCACCGCUAUAUCGUAUUGCCCGAAUGGAAAAUAUGUCGCCGUCGGAGGCUCUGAUGCCAUGAUAUCUCUAUGGGAUACUACUGAUUGGGUGUGCCGGCGGACCGUCUCAAACUCGAGUUCCGGAGCAAUCAAAGGUCUCAGCUGGUCCUGGGAUGGCCGAUACGUGGUUGGCGCGAGUGAGGAGAUGGGCUCAGGAGGCGGCGAAGGCAUGAGCUCUGGCUUUGAAAUAUACCAUGCCGAGACCGGAGAUGUUGUGCAUACUAUAGCUACAGGGACCAGCGGUAUCCCGGCCGUCGAAUGGCAUCCGAAUCGUUAUUGGCUGGCAUACACCCAGAUUGAAGAAACGAGGCAGGGAAAGUCCAGUCUGAAGAUCAUUGGUGCAGCUGGAGGGCCCUCCAUCUGA